AUCUUUUGAAUUCGAUUUUUAAAUAUUUGGUUACAUGUUACCACUGUCUCGUCUGUAGGUAGAAGGCUUGAUAUUUUAUAGAAAAAUCCAACUAUGUUACAUAGGGAAGUGUUUAAACCUAAAAGUUUGAAAAUAUCAACCACGUUUAUCGAUGCUGAUGGGAGAGAAAAACAGAUCGAAACUAGAGAAGAUGAAGAACAGUCGCAGAAACUGCAAGAAAUCAUAGAUCUGUUAAUUGCAGCUGGAUAUUUUCGUGCUAGAAUUAAAGGCUUAUCUCCAUUUGAUAAAAUUGUUGGAGGUCUUACAUGGUGCAUAGAUAAUUGUAAUGUUGACUUGGACAUUGAUUUGCACUUCGACGAAUCAUUAGUUAUUGGACAAAAGAUAUCACUCACAGAAAAAAUUGUGUCUGUCCUACCUAAAAUGAAGUGUCCAUAUCAGAUUGAGCCGCAUCAAAUUCAAGGCCUCGAUUAUAUCCAUGUUUUCCCUGUUAUUCAAUGGUUAGUAAAGCGUUCCAUAGAAAAGAGAAAAGAAAGAGGUGAAUUUUUGAUGCUCUAUGCUGCAAAUCAAUUUGAUAAGUUAAUUUGUAAUAAAAAUGUCUUGGAAAGUGAACCUAAACAUAAAGAAAAAUGUCUCCAUCUUAAAAAAUGUUUGACUGGCAAUAGAACAAAUAAAUCCUUUCACAAAGAAGAACAGAGAAUAAUGGAAUGUAUUGAUGAUUCAUCUGAACCUGAAAAUAUAGAAAGUUGUGAAUGGUUUAUUAAGAAGCCUUUUAAUGCUGACGACUUUAUUGAAACUGUUAUGACAAAUGAAGAAAAAAUCAUCAAGUUAAAGGAAGAAAAUCAAAAAUUAAUUGAAGAGUUGGUACACGCUCAAGAGGAAACAAACAUAAUUGAGAAUAAAAUAAAAACAAUCAAUUUGCAGAGUAACAAUAUGGGAGAUGAUAGAAGACGGGAACAUGAAAAAAUUAAAAUUCUUUUAACCGAGUAUGAAAAAGUGAAAGAAAACGAAGAAACAUUCCAAAAAGAGUGUGAAAUAAAAAUGGAAGAGUACCAGAAAAAAAUAAAGGAAACUAAUGCAUUGCUCGAAGAACCGGUAGAAGAUGAUAUUGAACUUAAAGAAGAAUUAGACAACAUUAGAAACAUGGUGGAAGCAGCUAGAACGAAAUUGAGUAAGAAAGCUAGAGCUGUAGGACUAAUGAAACGAAAACUUGAUCAAAUACCUGACAGAGCUGAAUUAGCUCAAUAUCAAAGACGAUUUGUUGAACUAUCCAAUGAAGUAUCAGCCAGGUAUCGAGAGACUAAACGACAUUAUGCUCUUUACAAUACCCUUAGUGAUGUUCAAAUGUAUUUAAAUAAAGAGUUAUCACUAUUGAGUUCAAUUCUAGAUGCUUAUCCAGAAGCAGAAAAAUCACCAGAGUCAAAAGAACGGUUUCUGAGGCAGUUGGAAAACAUAGAUGUUAGCGUAAUACAAACUUUAGACAAGGUGGAAAGUAAAAGAAACAAAGAGCAAAGUAUUAAGUCUAAUCUAAAUAACCAGUUAUCCACUUAUAUGUCUGCGCACCGAUAUUAUUUAGCUGCUGUAAAGGAGCUUGAGACUGAAUUACAAAAGAAUCUUCAACUUCAAGAGCAGAUUGAUCAACUUUAAAUUAAAUAGUGAAUCAAUACACAGUCGUUAUUUAUUUUUUUAUUU